GUCUCAUUAAUUUAUUCCAUGUAUAUAUACACAGUAUCUCACCAUAAUCAAACACACCGUGUCACAUUUUCAACACUGCUUCAUUCAUUCAAUGUUCUUAUUUCUGAACCACACACAAAAAAAAGAUCCAUCCAUCAUCUCAAUCCAAAAACAUGUUGUCAGAAUUAACAGAUGACAUAAUUCUCAACAUACUAUGGAAAAUUGAAGAUGACCCUCGUGAUUGGGCUCGUCUUUCUUGUGUUUCCACAAAACUCAAUUCUUUAAUCCAUGAUUUCUGUUGGAAAAACAAAACUUCUCUUAUAAUUCCUUCACAACUUCUUGUUUCUUCAUCACAAGAUCAUUCUCUUCACAAAUUACCCUUUUGUUGUCCUGGUCUUGUUCAUGCUGGUAUCCUCUUCAACACUGCUGAUUCACCUGAAGAAAACCAACAUCAACAAUCCAUAACUUCAUCAUCAUCAACACCUUCAUGUUCUCUUGUUCAGCAGUCAAAUGAAUGUUCUACUUAUUGGUCACUUUAUGAUGAUCUUUAUCAUGAUACCCUUUAUGCAGAUUCUGAAUCUAAUCAUCAACAAGAGCAAGAAGAAUCCAAAGAGAAUACGAUUAGAACUGGGGUGGUUGAUGUUCCACCAGAAUCUAAGAAAAUAAAAGUUAAUGGGUCAUUGAGUUCACAUUUAGCUACUGGAAAAUGGACACUUAGCAGAGAACAAGGAAGUAAGUUACUUGCAAGACAAUUUCGUGAUGAUUGUUUAUAUGUUUGUGAUUGGCCAGGUUGUGUUCAUUUGGAAGAGAAAAGAAAGUAUAGAGUUUUUAGAGGUGUUUUUAUGAAUUUCAAAAAGACACGUGUUUGGAAAACUGUUAAUGAUUGUAGUAAUCGGAGGAAAAUUGAUUUGCCAUGUGCUUUUUGUUCUUGUAAUCAUACUUGGGAUCUUCAUUCUGCUUUUUGUUUGAGAAGAGGAUUUGGUUAUCAUGAUGAUGGUGAACCUGUUGUUAGAGCAUUUGUUUGUGAUAAUGGUCAUGUUUCUGGUGCUUGGACUGAUGUUCCUAUGUACACUUGAUCUAUGAAGCACGAACACUCCUCGGAUUUUUCGGAGUCAGACACGCGUCGGUGUCAUGACACCGGCACUUAUGAUUACUAUGAAUUAUUCAUUUUCUCACAUUAUUAACGGUAUCAACGUGUCAGUGUUGUGUUCAGUCCGUGUCUGUGUAUAUGCUUCAUACAACUUGAUCAUUCUUUCUCUUUAUUUUGUAAUUUUUUGUUUUGUUAUGUUCUGUCUUUUAUUUACUGAACUUAAUAAUUGUCAUUAUUUAUUUCUGUAAUAUGAGGAGAAAGAUCUCAUAUGAGAGUAGUAUUUAAUUUCAUUUGUAUUUUGUGUUUGUACUUCUUCAUUUUAUUAUUUUAUAUAUAUCAAGCUGUUUGUGUGAUUUGAAGAGUUUGGUCCAAUUUGUGACAAGGCAUGACAUAGUUUGUCUUGAUUAUUUUUAUUGUUGAUUUUAGAUUUUGAAAAUGGCUGGUAUUUGCUGAGAGCAUGUGAAUGUUGUUAUUUGGGAAGAGUGUGUUUUAAACAUUUAACAGAUUUUGCAAGUGGUUAUGCACUUAUAUUGACUCAUGUCAGAUUGGGAUAUCUAGUUGUGACAUGUGAUCCAGAAUUUCCAAUCUUUCUUGAACUUUGCAGGGGUUUCUGGUAUUUCCAAUGUGGUUUUUCUAGAUUUUUAGUUCUACUAUCUCGACCUCAUAAAAAAAUGUAUUUUUUUAAUCGGGCAAAGUGUUAGUAUUUUUCUCCUUCAUCAUGACUUGAAUUCUGGUCUGUUAACUUCUUUAACCAUCGGCUCAUAAAAAAUGUUUGAUUUGGUUUUUGCGCGGUUAAUUAUCACACGCUUCUAUUGCAUGGUUUAAAUCAACAAUUCCUGAGUUUCUUCAAUUUAUGUUUUUUUACCCUUCUCUGUCAUAGGAGGAAUGCAGUGGGAAAGCAUUACUAAGAAUUCAGAGUUAUUUGUAUUUGCAAAAAAAAUCGUUUACUGUUUUAUUCUGCAAUCUUCAGAAGGUUUUAUGAUUACAAUAUUGCUGCUUUCCCAACAUUUUCUGCUGGGAAACAAAGGGACUGAAGUCUAGAAGGCAAACCUACACAAUGACUAGUCUUGGAGUGGAAAUCCCAAGACAAUGAGCAGUAACUAAGCGAAUAGAAGGUAAAACAUACGCACAAAUGUUUGCCUCACGGUAUGAAUGUGAAACUUUAGCUUUAGGCACGGUGGGGAAAGGGUGCCUGCAAAAAUGUUCGCCUCACAGUAACUCCAAUGAAAAUCUGCACAACUAUUCACCAUCUUCCCACGAAGCUCGAUCACCUGUCUUAGAUGCCCCAUCAGUAACUUAACCCAUCCUACAUCAGGCUAGAUUCUUCGUACCAACAUGCACCUGAGUUCUAGGCACGGUAUCCGCCUUUUGAUGCUGCCCAACAAUAUGAUGAUAUUGGUGAACCAACUUUGUGACUACGGCACGGGUUUCCUUAAUUCUGUCCAUAAAAAAUGACAAGCAGUUGCCUAUGUAAUACUCCAUCUUAUAGAACUCGAAAAACCAGCUUGGGAUGACAAAUUAAUCUCCAACCAGACAGCAAGAUCCAUUGAACAGAAGUGAUUAGGGACAUCAACUUGUACUGAAUUGACCCAAAUCCAACACAUUGCUUUAACUUAGGGAAUGUGUUGCAAAUUAUUAAGUUUCUGUUUAAAUGUCAAACAUUAAUUUUCAAAUUAAUGACCAUGAUUUGCUAUUCUUUUCUCUUA